AUGGUAAGAACUACUUUUGAGCCCCUAAUCGUUAUAUUUAUGAUCGGAUUAUGUUAUUCCUUGCCCUCUCUUCCCAUACAGUUCGGGAGGAAGCCCGUACAGCUCGUCGCUAGCCCUGAUAUCGACGAUGAAUCUCAAGAGGUUUGGCAAAUUUCGCAGACUGGGGAGGUCUUUGUCGACUAUCAGAGUUAUUUGGAUAGGUAUUUAAUCUUAAUAAAGAAGCAAUUCAGUUGCGAGAUUACAGGUCACAUGAAUCUCAGCUUCUUUGAGGCAUUGAUAAGUGAAACCAAUAGUUCGCAAGAUGUCGAUCAGACAUUCCCCGAGGCCCUUAAAGACCCUGUUCUCAGGAAAGUACAAUUCUCGACGGUGUCGAGAAUUGAUACGUUAGGUAAGAUGUCAUUCAAGAGCGACUUUUACCCUGGCGAACAUGUUACAGCGAUACUACCCAAUGGUGAUCGGGUGGAGGCAUUGGUACGCGAAAAGACAAUGUUUCCUGAGCUGCGAUAUGCUAGUGGUGAUAUUCAGCGAAAAGGAUUCUCCCGUUACACCGUCAAACUUAUCAAUAGAAAUGAUGAGGAGGCACAAGUCGACAAUGAGCAUCUCGUACGGGACAAGAAGUCCUUCACGAAGGCUAUGUUACGCUCCUUUAUUAAGAAUACUGUGUCGAGAGAGCCAUGGAAUGGGGCGCCUUGGCUGGUGAAGGAGGAGUUCGCAAACAGAUAUAAGAUCCCGCAAACAGUUCCUCAUCACUUGCAGAGGGCUUCUACUGCGGCGGAGAGAAAGGCAAAGGCUUUGGCACAAAAGAGGGAGCAGGGAUUAGCUGUUGCUUCCGUGGCCAACAGUAGCUCUGCUCCUUCAACCCCAGUUGAAAUCAAACCGGCACCGAAGUCCCAUAAGAGCAAGAGCCACCAAGCCGCCAUGAAAGUUACCAAACUAAUGCAACUUGAUCGUGAACCAGGAGCCACAUCGAAUAGUGCCCGAGCCUCCCCUUGGAGCAGCCCGACUGGAACCCCGGAGGCCGGAAUGGCAAAAGUUAAUCUCAAGGCCGUGGCCAAGGAAGAUACACCCCCGCCUCUGCCACCUCCGCCUAAGCCCAUCAAAUAUCCGAUUGAGGAUUUGGAUCUCCCAUAUCAGGGAGGCCCUCGCAGGCCCAAGCUCCACUUUCUCUCGCAACUUCCCAUAUCUGUAAAAACCGAGCCUCCUGCUGUUGAUACAAUUCGGAGAGCUUCUAGGUCAUUGACAAGGUCAUCUUUGGUUUCCUCGGCUUCACCCGUGCCCAUGAACAACGGCAUCGACGAGGAACAAGUUAGUUUCUUUCUCAGCACCUGGGUUUUUCUUAAUAUCUACUGUGAGCCCUUGCUCUUGGAUUCCUUCACUUUUGACGAUUACCUUCAGGCGUUGCAAUUCAGUAGCGAUGAGAUUGACUGCGACUUAUUUGUGGAGAUUCAUUGUGCACUUCUCAAAGCAAUUGUGAACGAGCAAGGGUUCGACUGGUUCGGUCGAAGAUACUGUCAGGGUGAAUGGUGA